CUCUCUAUACGUUAGUGUUCUAACCAAUAAUCACCGAUGCGAUGUUCUGUCCGAUCGAUUCAAGAACCAUCUAAUAAAUGCCAAAGUGCUGUACUUUGUGAAUUUUGGUAAACGGAAUCCAAAGUGCUAUACUUUGUGAAUUUUGUUAAGGUUCGAAUCUUGUGACUACCGUUAGGUUUGAUUUGGAUUUUACACAAAUACGUAUUCCAUUAUGUUAAACUAUAUGUUUAACUACCAGAAUACUCCCAACUACACACUUACAAUCAAACAAGCUGUUAAAUCAUUAGAAGAUUCAGAACAAUAAAGUAUACGCUUAAUUAUCAGAAGGAAUAGAAUCAAGAAGCCGGCUAAAUCAUGCUUAUACUGUAAUUACAGUAGAUCGGAAUAAGAGAUGGAUACGACACCAAAAGGCUUACAGAAGUGGCUUAAAUUUUAUCAAUUAAAUUAAAUUAAGAAAAGUUAUUUUAUGCAAUCGGGUUUAUCCCAUAUUAAAGCUACCUUUAUAAAACGUGGGUUUAUCCCAUCUGUUUAAAAUAAAUAAAAUCCGGUGUUUAUAAACUCUGAUAUUUUUCCUAACUCACGGUCCUGAUGAAAUUUCCGCUGCAAUGUUUUCAAAAAUAACCACCGGUACCACUUGGCUGCUCGCGGCUCCCGAUUCCGGCCAGGAUGGGGUCGGGGGUCGUGACAAAACCUGAGGACUUGAAGAGGUUUCAAGGCACUCAGGGAAAAUCAGCAUCUGCGGAAAUUGUUUCCGGUGUAUCUUGGGCGAGUGCUAUGGCGUCUUUGAACUAAAUUGUUAUCAAGAUCCCUUCAUGGAUCCACCGCAAGUCCCCACAGGUGCCUGAAGUCGGCAGCAAAGAGAAACCCAAUGGGGUUAAAACUAGUAGUGGGGUGGUAGGGGGAAACAGUGGUGGUGGAGGUGCCAAAGAAAACGGUGGUGGUGGAGGUGUCAAAAGAAAUGUUAAAGAAGGUGGGAACGGUGGUGGCAAUGGCGGUGGUGGCAAUGGCGGUGGCGGCAAUGGUGGUGGGGAAUAGCUGUUAUGCUGGUGGCGGUAGGUGUUGUUAACUUUUGUGAUUAACGUUUUUUUCAUUUCCAGGAAGGUGUUUGCACCAAUUAACUUAGAAAUUUUUGUUUCCAUCAUGAUGAGAUAGUAUUAUAUUAGUUUCUUAUGAUUGAUGAUGAUGAUGUUUGGAUAUGGAAUUUUUAUAUAUGGAAUGGAAUGGAAAGAUAUUAUUGUAUCUUUACUUUAUCUGCAUACAUUAGCGAUUGAUGACCGGCAAGAAAAGAAACCCGAUCUCUGAAAUCGAUGAAAUCCAAUCUGCUCUUAGGGCCGCCAAAGCGGCAACGGUUGCCGCACAGGCAGCUGCGGAGAAAGUCGCCGCACAGGCGGCGGCGGACAAAGCCGCUGUGGCGGCUACGACGGCGGCGGUGGCGGCGGCGGCGGAGUUGAAAGCAAAAGCUGAGGCUGGGAUUAUCACCUUGACUUUGAGUGGUAAACCUGAGGACUUGAAUAGGUUUAGGUUUCAAGGCACUCAGGUCAAAGCACCAUCUGCUGAAAUUGUGUCGGGUUUAUCUUGGGCGAGUGCUAUGGCAUCAUUAAACUACAUCGCUAACAAGAUCAUCCGCCGCAAGUCCCCUCAGGUGCCUGAAGUGAGCAAGGAGAAACCCAAUGGGGUUAAAACGAAUGGUGGGGUAGGGGGAAAUGGUGGUGGUGGAGCUGCCAAAGAAAACAACGGUGGUGGUGGAGGUGUCAAAGAAAACGGUGGUGGUGGAGGUGUCAAAGGAGGUGGGAAUGGUGGCGGCAACGGAGGUGGGAAUGGUGGCGGCAAUGGUGGUGGUGGGGAAUAG